AUGAGCAGCACGGCUCUUCGCCGACUUGUUCAGCACACCUUCCACCUGCGUGAACUUUCUACGUCUGCUAUGUCUCGCUACACACCGCGUCUGAUUGGUGCUCCCAAUACCCUUGAGCACCGCGUAUUCAUCGAACAGGAUGGCCAGCCGGUCUCGCCUUUCCAUGAUAUUCCUCUAUUUGCUGACCAGAACAAUGGCAUUCUGAACAUGAUUGUCGAGGUUCCUCGUUGGACCAACGCCAAGAUGGAGAUCUCCAAGGAGGAGUCUUUCAAUCCCAUCAAGCAAGACAUUAAGAAGGGCAAGCUCCGUUUUGUCCGCAACUGCUUCCCCCACCAUGGCUAUAUCUGGAACUACGGUGCUUUCCCCCAGACUUGGGAAGACCCCGGUCAAAUCCACCCUGAGACCAAGGCCAAGGGUGACAAUGACCCUCUCGAUGUCUGUGAAAUCGGCGAACAAGUGGGGUACACUGGCCAGGUCAAGCAGGUUAAAGUCCUUGGUAUCAUGGCUCUUCUCGAUGAAGGCGAAACCGACUGGAAAGUCAUCGUCGUCGACGUUCACGACCCUCUUGCGUCCAAGCUGAACGACAUCGAAGACGUUGAGCGUCACCUCCCUGGCCUCAUCCGCGCGACCAACGAGUGGUUCCGCAUUUACAAGAUUCCGGACGGAAAACCCGAAAACGCGUUCGCCUUUUCAGGAGAGGCUAAGAAUAAGAAGUAUGCGACUGAAAUCAUUCAUGAAUGCCAUGAGGCCUGGCGCCGUCUCAUUACUGGCGAGACCCCUGCCAAAACUCCCAAUUACGAGCUCUCUAUUGCCAACAUAACUGUCAAGAACUCUCCUGGAUACGUCGAUAAGUCCAACGAGAUCUACACCUCCAUUCCCCCGGAUUCGCGCAAGCCCCCAGCGCCUAUCGAUCCUUCUAUCAGCAAAUGGUUCCACAUCUCGUCCGCUUCGGUCUAA